GACCUCGUCUUAGGUCACCCAAACGGACAUCAGAUACUUGCUGGUAUCACGCGACUUUCGGGGAGAAGGCACGCCGUUGCACUAAACCAUGCAACUUUAAAAUAAGCAACUCAAAGGACCAGGGAAACGAGACGGCCAGACAGUGAUGGCGGCGCCUGUUUCUGGCCACUACCCGAGCCGUCUAUUUCACGUCAGGGAUCGGAUUUCGGGCUCAGAUUUUUUGGUCGAUACAGGAGCCGAAAUCAGCAUAGUCCCAUUACACCUUUCUCAACGACGGCACUCGCAAAGUACUAAAUUGUCUCUAGUCGCUGCUAAUAACACAGUCAUUAAAACUUAUGGUGAACAAUCACUCAUCUUAGAUUUUGGUCUCCGUAGACGUUUCACAUGGGUUUUCAUCGUAGCUGAAAUUAAACAACCCAUUCUCGGGGCCGACUUUCUUGGUGCUUACAGCCUAUUGGUAGACAUGGGGAAAAAGAAGCUUAUUGACAAGAACACAAGUUUGCAGGUCAGUGGCACUCCUGCCUCGAAUUACGAAAUUCAUGGUGUUCGAAUGUUAAGACCUGAAAACAAAAUUUUCACUGAUAUCCUGUCGAAGUACGAAAGCAUAACCAGAACUGAUUACCAAAACGAAUGCUCCACACAUCAUGUUCAACACAAUAUCUCUACUACAGGACCACCCAUUCGUGCUAGGGCGCGAAGACUCCCACCAAACAAGUUGCAGUUCGCUAAGAGAGAAUUCGAACACAUGAUGCAGCUUGGGAUAAUCAGACAAUCUAACAGUCCUUGGGCCUCGCCGUUGCAUAUGGUUCCCAAGAAAGAUCAAGACUGGCGCCCAUGUGGAGAUUAUCGCCGACUAAAUAACCAGACUAUCCCAGACAGGUAUCCAAUCCCUCAUUUACAUGAUUUUUCUUUAAAUUUACAUGGAAAACAGAUUUUUUCAAAGUUAGAUCUAGUCCGAGCAUACCAUCAAAUACCGAUGGCGCCUGAAGAUAUCGAAAAAACAGCUGUAAUUACACCUUUUGGCUUGUUUGAAUUUUUGAGGAUGCCUUUCGGACUAAAAAACGCCGCUCAAACCUUUCAGAGAUAUAUGGAUGAAGUAACUAGAGGUUUGGAAUUUGUAUUUGUCUAUAUCGACGACGUUUUAAUCGCUAGUUCUUCCACUGAAGAACAUGUCCAGCAUUUACACACGCUUUUUGAACGUUUCAAAAGUUAUGGUGUUGUAAUCAACCCUUCGAAGUGCAUAUUUGGAGCCUCAUCUCUGGAAUUCCUAGGACACCAUAUUGAUUCCCAAGGAAUUAAACCGCUUGAAGAAAAAGUCAAAGCCAUCUCCAGCUACCCAGAACCAACCUCAGUAAAAUCACUACGUCGUUUUCUGGGAACAUGCAAUUUUUAUCGUCGAUUUCUACCAAAUUGCGCCGAUGUACUACAGCCAUUGACAGAUUUACUGAAAAAUGAUAAAUCAGGUACCAAGAAAGAAAAAAACCAAAUAUUUAAGUUACCUUCUGAUGCUAAAGUAGCAUUCGAAAAAGCUAAAUCCAUGAUUGCUAAUGCUACCAUGCUUCAACAUCUAAAUACUGACCCCACAACACAGUUGAUCCUAUGCACAGACGCUUCACAAAAAGCCGUCGGGGCGGUAUUACAACAGCGAGUAAACAACUCGAUUACCCCAAUCGCCUUUUUCUCCAAGAGAUUAUCACCAACACAAGAACGUUAUAGCACUUUUGGACGCGAACUCUUGGCUAUGUAUUUAGCGGUAAAACAUUUCAGUUUUCUGUUACAGGGUCGCGAUUUCAUCAUUAUGACGGAUCAUAAACCCCUUUGCCAUUCUUUUGGCACAUCGUAUGACAAACACUCGCCACGAGAAGCAAGACAAUUGGAUUACAUCUCCCAAUUCACUACAGACAUCCGGUUUAUCAACGGUCACUCAAACAUUGUCGCUGAUGCACUGUCUAGGAGAGAUAUCAAUAUGAUGGUACGCAAUCAUGACAUCAGCCUUGAAACUUUGGCUAAACUUCAAGUAGACGAUGCAGAGUUGAAAGUCUGCAAAGAAAAGUCUAGCUUAAACCUCAAACCUGUACCAAUUCCGCUUUCAGAUGCAUUCAUCAUGUGUGACACCUCAACAGGCAGCAAUCGUCCGUUUGUCCCACAUGCCUGCAGACGAAAAAUAUUUCAGCACUUACACGGUCUUUCACAUCCAGGCAUCAGAGCAACAACAAGGCUCAUCACUGAACGUUUUGUGUGGCCGAAAAUCAACUCGGACGUUAAGCGUUGGACACGUAGCUGCCUCCAGUGUCAACGCAGCAAAAUACAAAAACAUACUAUCAGCCCGAUCGGCGAAUUUCCUAUUCCCGACAAACGUUUUCAACAUAUUCAUUUGGAUUUAGUUGGGCCACUGCCCCCGUCCAAUUCCUUUACCCACAUUCUCACCGCAGUAGACAGAUUUACAAGAUGGGCCAUAGCCUGCCCUAUAAAAGACACUUCCGCAGAAACGAUAGCUGGCGUUUUCCUUGAGCGUUGGAUAGCAAAUUACGGAGUACCGUCUAUCGUCACUACAGACCGUGGUCCCCAGUUUCAGUCUAUCUUGUUUCAGGAAUUUACAAGACUUCUGGGCGUGAACCACAUCAAAACAACAGCUUACCACCCAGCAGCUAAUGGCAUGGUUGAAAGAUUUCAUCGCCAAUUAAAAAGCUCGCUGAUGGCCCAAGAUGAUACAACCAAAUGGAGUGACGCAUUACCACUUGUACUCCUCGGUAUUCGUUCAACCAUAAAGGAAGACAUUGGAUGUACAGCCGCCGAGUUAGUCUAUGGUACAACUCUAACGUUACCUGGCCAACUAGUCAACUAUGAACCUACAACGCCAGGAGAGACUACUCACUUCGCAAGUCGCCUAUUACAAACUAUGCAGAAUAUUAAAGCAAUACCCCCUCGUGAACACAACAAUCGAGUCCAACUUGAUAAAAACCUUGAAACGUGCAAAUUUGUCUUUGUCCGAGUAGAUACGGUUAAAAAACCAUUGAAACAACCAUAUAAAGGUCCAUAUAAAGUAAUUAAACGCACACAAAAAUACUUCAUCGUCAACAGAGAUGGCAACAAGCAGACUAUUUCUAUAGACAGAAUAAAACCUGCUUUCUGUGAAGCUACUCAAGUCAAGGAAGACAACGCCGUUGAUAAUCAACCCCUCCCACCAGCGACUGAACAACCAAUGGAGGAUAAAAAACUUAAUACUAAGCCCCCUUGUUUAACACGCUCCGGUAGACCUAUAAACAAACCCAAGCGUUAUGUCCAUUUCGUUGAUUAAAAAAAAAGCAAAACACACACCUCUCUAUGUCACACACUACUAAUUUCAUCCAAAAUUUUUUUUUCCUUUUCACAGUGUACAUAAUCACAUUUUUCCACAAUUACUCGUUUUGUCAGUUUUUUUUAAAAAAAAAAAAAAUUUGUUUUGUUUUUGUCACACUAAUAAACGAGUAAACUCUGUUUAGUUAUUCAUUUAUCUUACACAAACAUAAACAGUUCUUUUUUUUUGGCUCUUUAGCAUUUUUACACAUUAUUAUUAUCAUUGUCAGCCAACCAAGGCAUUAAAUGACAGUGCCUUCAUUUUUUUUUUGUGUGUGUGCUCAUUAUACUAUGCUACAUCUCUACUACACGUCAUACUCAUCUCCACAUUUUUGUUGGUUAUAACUGUAAAUAUUAUUUUUGUAUACAUGUAUAUAUCACACCCUUACAUUUUUUCUAUUAUAACCAGUGUUACCUCCGGACACUCUGGGGGGAGCUAUGUGGAGAUGGACCUGUCAAGCUUAUUUUGUAAAUAGUUUUCAAUGUUAUUUGUAUUUACUUUGUCAACCUUCCACUGUAUGUAUAUUUAACAUUAAAUGACUGUAACUGUUGUUUUAGUAAAUGACCUUGAACACACUUUCCGUUGUACUACUACAUUGCGUGCCAUACCGCUGCUAGCUAACAAAUACAACGCUUCUCGCACACUCAUCGUUCUACUUCCAUUUGUGAUUGAGAUAUCCGAAGUCUAAAUCAAAUUCUAUCUUCAUUUAUAGACUGUAACCGAAAUAUAUCACAUUCAACGUUGGAUUAUAUCAUUAGAGAGUUCACCAACUUGUUCAGAAUCAACAAACAUUUAUAAUUGUGGAUUUACUUUACUGGACCUAAUCCUAACACGCGACGUCUGAUCAAUUUAAGUAACGUCCCCAAUUUUUAUCGUAUUUGUGACAAUUAAUUAUAUAUAUUAAUAUUACUAUUGAUUUUAAUAACUUUGUUUAUAUUUUUUGUGUUCAUAUCUGUUUGGUCCACCACAAUUAUUUGGUGAGCCUUGAAUUCAUUAUAGACGUUUACUGUUUAUAUAUAUAUUCAUUUUUUUAUUACUUGGCACGCUAGUCCAUUUAUAUUUGUUUUUGCCAUCAUGAAUUCUCCUGGUAAACUCAUUGAUAUAGAUAGUCCACUGAUCAACUCCUUUAACUCUUCACAGUCAGAAGAUAAUGCCUUAACCUCGAUCAACGCAAUUUCAGACUUAAGACUACCAACGUUCGGCGUUAAUAAUCCAAGAAUCUGGUUUGCACAAAUCGAAGCUUUGUUCAUGGCUAGAGGUAUAAAAUCUCAGGCAACAAAGUAUGCUUAUGUAGUUGGGGCACUCCCUAUCGAGAUUGCUGCGGAAGUCGGAGAUUUAAUCGAUCACGUGCCAGAAGCUGAACCUUAUGAUAAAUUAAAGACAGCCGUAAUCCAACGCACCUCGGUUUCAGAUGAGAGAAGACUGCAGCAAUUGCUAACUUCUUGCGAAUUGGGGGACAAGAGACCCUCGCAAUUACUCCGACAUAUGAAACACUUAGCAGGGCCAUAUAAGGUAGACGAUGCAUUGCUUAAACAGAUGUGGUUUCAACGUUUACCACAGAAUGUCACCCAAAUUCUCAGCAUAUCAGGAACUUCCGUCAAUCUCGACGAUCUAGCUGAUAUGGCUGACAAAAUGAUGGAGAUUUAUUCCGACAGCCAACGUUUGAAUGUACUACAGACCUCUAGUGGAGACACGAUUAGCCCAUCUAACAGCAUCCAACAACAAAUAACACAGUUAACACAACAGCUAGCAGCACUACAAGCGACUAUUUCUACCAUACAUUCUCGACCUGCCAGAUCUAGGUCCAGAAGGAGAUCAGUAUCCAGACCUCGUCUUAGGUCACCCAAACGGACAUCAGAUACUUGCUGGUAUCACGCGACUUUCGGGGAGAAGGCACGCCGUUGCACUAAACCAUGCAACUUUAAAAUAAGCAACUCAAAGGACCAGGGAAACGAGACGGCCAGACAGUGAUGGCGGCGCCUGUUUCUGGCCACUACCCGAGCCGUCUAUUUCACGUCAGGGAUCGGAUUUCGGGCUCAGAUUUUUUGGUCGAUACAGGAGCCGAAAUCAGCAUAGUCCCAUUACACCUUUCUCAACGACGGCACUCGCAAAGUACUAAAUUGUCUCUAGUCGCUGCUAAUAACACAGUCAUUAAAACUUAUGGUGAACAAUCACUCAUCUUAGAUUUUGGUCUCCGUAGACGUUUCACAUGGGUUUUCAUCGUAGCUGAAAUUAAACAACCCAUUCUCGGGGCCGACUUUCUUGGUGCUUACAGCCUAUUGGUAGACAUGGGGAAAAAGAAGCUUAUUGACAAGAACACAAGUUUGCAGGUCAGUGGCACUCCUGCCUCGAAUUACGAAAUUCAUGGUGUUCGAAUGUUAAGACCUGAAAACAAAAUUUUCACUGAUAUCCUGUCGAAGUACGAAAGCAUAACCAGAACUGAUUACCAAAACGAAUGCUCCACACAUCAUGUUCAACACAAUAUCUCUACUACAGGACCACCCAUUCGUGCUAGGGCGCGAAGACUCCCACCAAACAAGUUGCAGUUCGCUAAGAGAGAAUUCGAACACAUGAUGCAGCUUGGGAUAAUCAGACAAUCUAACAGUCCUUGGGCCUCGCCGUUGCAUAUGGUUCCCAAGAAAGAUCAAGACUGGCGCCCAUGUGGAGAUUAUCGCCGACUAAAUAACCAGACUAUCCCAGACAGGUAUCCAAUCCCUCAUUUACAUGAUUUUUCUUUAAAUUUACAUGGAAAACAGAUUUUUUCAAAGUUAGAUCUAGUCCGAGCAUACCAUCAAAUACCGAUGGCGCCUGAAGAUAUCGAAAAAACAGCUGUAAUUACACCUUUUGGCUUGUUUGAAUUUUUGAGGAUGCCUUUCGGACUAAAAAACGCCGCUCAAACCUUUCAGAGAUAUAUGGAUGAAGUAACUAGAGGUUUGGAAUUUGUAUUUGUCUAUAUCGACGACGUUUUAAUCGCUAGUUCUUCCACUGAAGAACAUGUCCAGCAUUUACACACGCUUUUUGAACGUUUCAAAAGUUAUGGUGUUGUAAUCAACCCUUCGAAGUGCAUAUUUGGAGCCUCAUCUCUGGAAUUCCUAGGACACCAUAUUGAUUCCCAAGGAAUUAAACCGCUUGAAGAAAAAGUCAAAGCCAUCUCCAGCUACCCAGAACCAACCUCAGUAAAAUCACUACGUCGUUUUCUGGGAACAUGCAAUUUUUAUCGUCGAUUUCUACCAAAUUGCGCCGAUGUACUACAGCCAUUGACAGAUUUACUGAAAAAUGAUAAAUCAGGUACCAAGAAAGAAAAAAACCAAAUAUUUAAGUUACCUUCUGAUGCUAAAGUAGCAUUCGAAAAAGC